CAAAUGGUUGUGUGAACCCUGUGCAGCUGUGCAUUACCUCUCUAUUGUGCACACAAUCGGAGAGGGUAAAAGGAGAGCUCUCCCUGCAGUUGUGUGUGAUGAAAAUCCCUUCCAUUCUGGCAGCUGUUUGUCUUCCAGGCAACACAUUCAGCGUGCGGCGCUUGUUCGCUGGCCCACUCUUUUUCGUACAGACCGUCAACGAUCUCUCGCGACGCCUUGCUUCUAUUUUUAAACGAAACACGUCUGCUGCCCGGAGCUUAAGGGAGAAACAUAGAGAAAAGAAGAACAGCCCCGUGUGCGCCCCGUGAAGAAGCCGCCACAACCUUAGCCGUUUUCUCCAUCUUAAUAGUUACCCAGGCAUCGCUGGGCUGGUAGAUUUCCGUUUUUCCGUCUUCUUUUCUUUUUAAUCACAUCUCUGUAUGCCCCUUUCGACUCAGUUGGGGUCUCUCUCCGGCUAUCAUCCGCCAGUCGACAGUCGGCGCCCGCGUGUCGGCCACGGAUCAGCCACAGUCCUUCCUACGCGCUCUCCACUGAUUCAAAUCGACUCGCUAACAAUCAUGUGGCUUCUCUAUUGCUGAACGGAAAAAAACCCUUGAUUUCAUCGCCUCCCAUUUGAUUGGUGUCGAUCCCCCCACCCACCCCUCUCAAAUGCCUGUGAGCACCUUGACGGACACUGUCGCAACAACUUUCGGCACUCACGCAACCGUGAGUUGCUCCUAUUGCCGAGGUGAGAGAGCCUCUUGAACAAAAACAAACGCCAACGCAAAAGUCUUUUAUCCGACUUUUUGUUUUGCUCCCUUCUUAUUCUCGUCUACGUCUAGCCCAGGUUUUAAAUUUAGCCAGCCUCUCAAAUACACAUUAGCCUAAUUAUAUUCGCCUCGAAGAGUAGGAAGCAAAGGGAAAUGCCUAUUCCUCCUUUUUUUUUACAAAUUGGGUAGAGGGGAAAUAGAUUCUUCGCGUUAGUGUGUGUGUGUGUGUACUCUCUCCCAACGACGCUGGAAUGUUUGUUUGGGCAUGUCGAAUGUAUUUUUACCGGCGUGGUACGAUUUCCCCAGUCAGAUUCAACGAAACCGACCCCAACACACACAUACAGAGAGAGAGACAGAAAAAAGAGUUGGGUGUAAGAGAACGGCGUGUUAGUGGCGGAGGGUGCGGACGGUGGCGAGGAAAAUCAGCCUCGUUGUUCUAAACAUUGCAAGAGCCACCGAGAAGUUUUUCGUAGAUUGCUUUUGGUGAACGCUAAAUUAGAAAGACAAAGCGCGACAGCCUUUUUCCGAUGCGAACAGAUUGCGGCGGACCUUGCGAGUCUCAUUCUUUGGAAGAUCGCCGUUGGACGGUCCAUUUGGAUCGGGACCUUCUCCAUUUUCUCCUCUCGGUUUAUCCGCACUGGUUUGAGGACCGGACGGCGGACUACGAAAUGUUGUCUGAGCACGAAGGAGGAGGAGGCAGUGACAAGUCGGAAGACUCCUCCUCAUCCGAUUCCGACUCGUCGUCGCCCUCGUCACCGCCCAGAGUGGACGACUCUCCGCUACAGAAAUGCAUGGAUCGCAACAAGCAAUCCCUGAAGGUGAAGCUGAUGAUGAGACGGCCUUACAUGCAAUUAGUGGACCAAGGAAUCAUGCCGCCAUUGAAGACUCCAGCAUCGUUCCACGAGCAGCGCCAGAAAUUGCAACGGGCCAAAAUGGGUGACCUGCUUAAGCACAAGAUUCAACACAGACCGGACCGGACUGAGCUCAUCCGCCAGCACAUCCUCGAAGCUGACACAGGCAAAGUGGAUCCAUCGCUGGCUGAGCGUCAGCGCAUGCUAAAACGGGCCCGAUUGGCCGACUCGCUCAACGACCAAUUGUCUCACCGGCCUGGCCCGCUGGAGUUGAUCCAGAAAAACAUCCUCCAUACAGACGAAAACGUUGAGCGAGCUGUCAAAGAAGGCCAGAUUUCUUUUCGAGCGACUUGUGAAGGAUCUGCUAUCCGACCGUCGCAUCCCAUCCGCUACGUCACACCCGAAGGGGACGAUAGCAGUUCGGAAGGUGCCCUGUCUCCCAGCCAGGAUGGAUCGCUAGAUGGAUGCCUGAGCAAUGGAGGAAUGGCUGGCUGCGCUGGGACCUCUAAUAUGACGGCAGCAGGAGCUUCCUCCAGCCCUGCGACCGUGGCUUCAAGCCCCGGAUCGCUCAGCUCCGUUGCAUCGCCGGCCACUUCGCUGGUGGUGGCGCCGUCUCCGCCGCCACCUCCGCCGAUGCCCAUGCCUACGCCGCAACCACAAAAGAAAGUGGAGCAAGCUCCCGUUCCUCCUCCGCCACCUCCUCCACCUCUUCCAGUUGUGCCUUCCUCUUCAAGCUCAUUGCCCGUCGUCAUCAAGACUGCUUUGGAUAUUUCGAAAAACCGUAACCGGAAGAAGUCGAAACAAAAGUGUCCGCCAAAGCCGCGCACCAUUAAAUUCCACGAGUACAAAGGGCCGCCAAAUGCACAAAAACUGCAGCCGGCCAUCCCAUCUGAUGUGGAAUCUUCGUACGAACUUCUACUCCAGCAGCAGCAAUUGUUCCUCCAGUGGCAACUGGAAUGGCAACACAAAUACCCGCAAAUUAUCUUGCCGGCCAAACCGCCCUGCAGCAGUCCGUCGGCUCACAAUGCCGCCGUUGUUGCAGCUGCUGCUGCAGCAGCAGCAGCAGCGAGUGGGGAAGAUGCUGCCAACAAUUUGACGGCUGCGAUACUGGCCGUCAGUUCAUCCCUGCCGUCUUCGAAUUGCUCCGCCGCGGCUCCUUCACCAUCCCCUAGCCUUUCAGAGUCGGUGACUUCCGUUGUCGCUUCCACCACGCCCAGCAAUUUAACUCGAAUCACGGUCCGGCUAGAGGAAAUGAAGGUCAGCGAUUUGAAGGCUGAAUUGAAGAAGCGUAACUUGCCCGUUUCCGGAUCGAAGCCGCAGUUAAUUGAUCGUCUACGGCCGUUUAUCGGCGAGGAAGGAACACUAACGGCCACCCGGUCCUUGUCUCGUCGCGGAUCGCAGAGCCAAUUGCAACAACAGCCGCUCCCGACGUCGUCGUCGUCGCAAAUGUUGUUGGCUGAAGACGUGGGACCUAUGCCUUCACCUCCGGCCAGCAACGCCUCACGACGAGUUUCGUGCAGUAGUCUGGAUGGAAGCAUCAGCAGUUUCAGGGCGGGCAGUAGUGACAUGUUAUUACCUUCGCUGUCACCAACGAGCUCGGCGGCUUCGUGUUCAAUGUCACCCAGUCCAGGUUCCGUCCGUCCUCCUUCUGUCAUCAAUAUGGACAUGGACAUUGAAAUGAACGAUGCAACCAACACGUUGGAUGGCACUGACAUCAAAUUGGAAGCCCCGCCUACGCCUCCGCCGUUGCCAGUGUCGUCGACACAACAGCCAGUCGAACAACAAAUUGACGACUUGGUGCGCGGACUGCAAGAGGAGCAACGCGUGCUGAUGGAACAACAACAGAUGCUGAGACAGCAGGCAGCGGCAUCCGCUCAAGAAGAAGCCCAACAAAUUGCCAAUGUGGCGGCGGUGGUGACGGCGAACGAUCCGAAAUCGCAGCAAAGGUUUCUACUCCAGCAGCAUCUCCAGCUCAAGAUCCAGCAACAGCAGAUUCAGCAGCAAUUGGAACAGUUGCAGCAAAUCCAGCAGCAAGCGCCCCCCAGUUCUCCGGCGGCGUCGAGUAGAACGACUUCCAGCCGGAUUGCGGCCAGGGCCAACCGGAACGCCGCCAAGUUAUUAGCGUCUCGCAACAACUCUGCAACGUCAUCACAAUCCUCUGGUGAUAUGCCAGAGACCGUGUUCGCAUCUCCUUCAGCAACAUCAUCUUCUUCACAACCUUCAUCCGAGACAUCACAUCCUCGGAGACCACCUCCGCCCAAUUACAGCGAAGCAUCUCGGAUGCUGGGCAACCAUACGACACCCUCCUCGGGCAGCAGCAGCAGCAGUUCGUUGAAACCGCGCGUUUCGAUCAAAUCACAACUAGUGGACGACGUGCUGGAUAUACUAAUCCGCAACGGUGAGCUGCCUCCCAGCGCCGCUCACGAUCCUGUCACGCCGACGACUCCCCGUGAUCCUCCACCAAUGCCUCCGCCUCUUCCAUCUCAUCUAUUGACAAAGCAACAGACGCAACUUUCUCAUCCAGCUGUUUCGGCCACAGAGAUCAAGUUUCCCUACAUAGACAUCAAUGAGCUUGGCCUCAAUCUAGACCUAGACUCCCUGGGUGAGGCCAUGGAGUUGGGCGUCUACGAGAACCACACGACAGCGCAGCACUCGGCUGUCACGCCUUCGCCUUCCAUUGUCUCCGUCGAUGGACGCAACGACGAAGUCACGGCCAUGGAGAUGGAUGUCUCCGAUUGGCUCGACACGCUCCUACCGCCAUUGAACGGUUCCCAGUCGUUGCCCUUGUCUUCAAACUCAUCAGUGGCCUCGUCCACUUCGUCGUCCACCUCGGGAUUCUCCAGCCUGGGGUCCGACCAACAUCCUUUCAUGCUGCACCAGCAGCCUCAUCAGAGCUUUUCUCACACGCCGAAUCAGUUAAAUCAAUUGAAUCAACCGGUGCAUCAUCCACCUCCGUCGCAUCAACAUCAUCAACAGAUAUCAGGCGAUCCGCUCUUUUCCAGUCUGUCCUCCGAUCCUUACACGGAUCUCUUCGCAUUGGAAGACACGGAUAUGAAGCUACCAGGAUUGGGUAACACCCUGUCAUGGGAUAGGCUAGAUUUUACAGCCUAAACAACAGGUGAAACAGAAACACACUUUAUUGCUCUGUCGUUGUUUCCUCCCUCACAUCUCGUCCAUCCACACAGUCUCUCUCUCUUCUCCGUCAGACCAGUAGCUCAUUGAAUUCACCGCUACCUUGCCUCUAAUUGAUUGUUACUUUCUCUGUCUUUUUUUUUUUUUGAAAUUAUUAUUAUUAUCAUUAUUUUUGGCCAUUGCUGCCUAUAUUACAUCAACCUACACUGAUAGGUUUGUGUUUUUCUCUCACACACACACACACGCACGCAGUGACGGAAAGUGAGAGUUGCAGCCUUGAAUCCAGGGUAACGAGACAAACAAACAUAAAAAGAAAAUAAUAAAUUAAGAUUCUGGUUGCCCUGCCAAUGUGGUUUUGCGGUUUCCCCUCAUCCUGUCAAGUUAAUUUUUGUUUUUGUUUUAUGUCUUUCCUUUUCAAACCUUCGAUAUUUUUUGUUGUUGUUGCUGCGAUGGAGUAUUGCAUUCGAGCCCACCAAUUCAUAAUAUUAUUUUUUUUUUCUUGGUUUUUUUCUUAGUUUACCAACAUUCCACUAUAUCCAAGAUGAUAAUUUUUUUUUCUUUUCCCGUUUCCCUGAGUCUCUCUCGUUGCGUUUUCAAUUCCCCCUUUAGAUGCGAGAUCGUGCCUCUCGUUCUAUUUACUUUCCAAGUUUUUUUGGAAAAGGAGGGAAACAUAAGAAUAACCGUCCUGGUGGGAUUAUUUUAUAGGACCCUCCACAACACAGACACACCGCGGUUAGUUCACUCUUUGUAUUCUGUCCGGAUCAAUAACAUACACACACACACACAUAAAAUGGUUGAAGAAGAAGAAGAAAGAAAAUUGGAUCGCGUAACACGUAGAAGAAGAAGAAACCCCCCUCACGCCAUCAUAUAAUUUACCAAUGGAGUAAGAGAGGAAAUGAUCUCCUCUUUCUCUCUAUUUAUCGACCAGUGUAUUAUAGUGAAGUUGACCAGUGUCUCCCCAAACUUUCUCUCUCUUGAGCUUGAUCCCCUUUUUUUUUCGACCCUCUUUUCUAUUCCCAUUUGUUACUGAGAUAUAUUCAACAAUAGCGCUCGCUCACGCGUUCCCUAACGGUUAGCCUUGGCUUGGUUGUUUGCGUUAUUAUUAUUAUUAUCAUAAUUAUGAUUAUUCAAUCAUUUUUUUUUCUCUUUCUGUUUCCUACAAAAGCUUCGUGAAAUUGAUGAUGUCGUCCUCUUUAAAAACAAAAAAAAAAUCAUAAUGAAAAGAAAAAAAAUUAUAAAACGCUUAGCAAUUUUGGGGGAGGUCUCAGAAUGCAUGAAUUGUUUAGAUUGUCUCUAAUGAAGCACGCUCUUCGAGUCUUGAUCCGAUGGCCACUAAUUUUUGAUGAAAGGAGAAACGAAAAUUUCAUUUCUUCUCUUUGUUGUUCCCGUGUUAUGUCAUAAAAAGCUUCCGAUAUUGCGAUUUCUACUAAAAAGGCGAUUUAUUGCGUGCCUGUCCCCUGCCUAAACUCUUCUUUUCAUCUCUCUCUUUGUUUGUUUGAGCGUGUAAAGUAAAACAGAAAAUAAUUAAGUUAGUAUAAGCUGCGUACGUGUUAAUUAAUCGAUUCGACAACAACCUGUCUACAUAAUAACUGCCUCCAUUGUUUUCUAUUCAUUCUUCUUUUCCUUCCUUAUUUCCUAUCUGUAAAGUUACGAGAUGGUUUGCAAUCCAGAAGAAUAUGAAAAAGAUGUGCUUUGUUUCUAUUACCUCCGCUCCUCUCUUUCGCUGACAUGCUGGUGAAUUGUAAUUCUUAAUGUAAAUAUGCAAAACUGCAAAAAAAUCUGCAAAAACAAGAACGUUCUAUUGUCCAAAAAAUAA